AUGGCGUCGCAAGAUGAUGGCGCUGCGUCGUCGUUGCGGCUGUUGCCGGAGGAGGAGGAGCAGCAGACGACGUCGACGGUGACGGUGACGCUGACGAGCAGCGACGGGGAGGUGUUCGAGUUGGAGGCGGCGGCGGCGCGGCAGUCGGCGCUGCUGCGGCACAUGAUGGAGCUCGGCGUCGCCGCGGGCGGCAUCCCGCUGCCGGUGGUGCCCGGCCACGUCCUCGCGCUGGUGGUCGAGUACGUCAGGCGCCACAGCUGCGACAAGCCCGAAGAAGGCGGCGGCGGCGGCGGCAUCAGCCUGUGGGCGGCCCUCCACGACUUCGACAAGAAAUUCGUCGGCCGCCUCGACCAAGCCACGCUCAUCGACCUCCUCUCCGCUGCCGACUACAUGACCAUCGAGGGAUUGUUCGACCUGACGUGCCAGGCCUUGGCCGACAUGAUUUCCGGCAAAACCAUAGAGGAGAUCCGGCAGACUUUCGACGUCGAGAACGACUACACGCCGGAGGAAGAAGCAGAACUGCUCAGGGAGAUUUCAUGGGCUUUGGGCUGA